AUGACUUUCCACAUCGGUAAGCCCAGACAACCCGGCAGUUUUCAAGACGACAUCGAUGUUGUCGAAUGCUCGUUCGAUCUGGCCUUUCCAAUCUUGGCCAUCGAUCUGGCCGUCUCGAGUCCAGCCUCCUUGACCGGACAGCUUGGUGAUUCCAUGUGGGAGGUGAACGAAUUGGGAGUAGUGCUUAUGAAGCUACCCUUCUCCAACUUUCUCCAACCCUCCUCUUUCCCCGCCUCUACCUCAACACAACCAACAUGCUCGAGCAAAGCGAGAGGCGGUUUCGAUGCGAUGACUGCGAGAAACGCUUCUCCAGGCUGGAGCAUCUGCAGCGGCACACGCGAAUCCGUAAGAAAUGCGAAAUGCGCGACAUUGGCGGGGAAAGGCUCAUUCGCUGACAUAUUGUUUGCGACAGAUACAAAAGAGAAGCCGUUUGCCUGCUUCUGUGGACGAACGUUCGCACGGAGCGAUUUGCUCAAGAGACACAAGCUGCGUACGCAUUCGACUGCGACUGCGGAGCGAGGCACCGAAGAUGCACGGCGAAUGGACGUACAGGGCAAUGCCAGAGGCAAGGCUGUUGAAGCGCAGGGGCAAGACGUGGUGACCCAACCAACACACGGUCAAGACUUUCGAGAAGAUGCAAACGUGCCCAUGAGUCCAGGACAGGAUUUUCCGGCCUUUGUGGAGUUUGUCGAAAGCAUUGGCUUGGGGCAUGAUUGGGACUUCUUCGACCUCGAUCCACAAAGCGCCUUUGCCUUUGAUGAGCCCCAGCUUCCUUCGCUCGACGGGCUGGGCGAUUUGGCCACGAGUUCACAGCAGCCAACUUCCACAUCGUCGGCAGCGCGAAGUUCGGCCCCAACGACUGUAGAGCUCAGCUCUGUUGCCGAUCGAGCAGGAUCGGAGCAAGCGCUCACACCCAUUCAGUGGAGACUGAGCCAGAGUCAGUGGCAGAUACUUACACAGAAGUGCCAAGGGUCCGUGUCUGGGUUGACGCUUCCAUCGCGCCCUGCAAUGUCCCGCUACCUUCAGUCAUACGUGACCAAGUUCCAUAAACAUUACCCAAUGAUUCACCUACCCACGUACGAUCCAGUGGCGUCGCCGCUGUGGCUCACCCUGAUCAUGGCUGCAGUAGGAGCGCAGUGCAUCUUCGAGGCCAAGAACAGCUAUCGAUUGUACCAAGCUGCACGGUAUUUGACCAUGGAACAGAGACAGCUGGACUCGGACGGUCGCAACAUCGGGCAGACCCAGAUGCAUCGCAUAGCGAUGAUCCAAACCUUGAUCUUGCUGAUGGUGUUCAGUGCUUGGGAUACGGAUACGAGGCUCCUUGGCGAGGCGUUGGAUUUGCAAAGCGUAGUAUCUGGUGACAUUCGUCGGGCGCUCGCUGAAAGCUCUUCCACCCACAGCAGCGAUACUGAGUGGCAGAUCUGGAUUCGAGAAGAGACGCAUCGCCGUGUCAUUCUGAUUUCAUACGCAUAUCUUGUGGUGCAGAGCACGGCCUAUGACCUGCCCCCAGUAGUGUUGACAGGAGAGAUCCAGGAGUUCAUACUGCCGUGCGGGUCGGCCGAAUGGGAGGCCAGAACAGAACCCGAGUGGAGGCAGGCCCUUCGACAUUCAAGUCAUAGCACAGCGCGCACAGGGGAUGUGUUGCGGCAGCUACUAUCCGACCAAAGCGGCGGGGGCAUCGAUGGACGGUUGCGUUUCUCUGCGGUAGGAAGCUUCGUAGUGGUACAGGCCUUGAUCCAACGUAUCUUCUUCGCAAGACAGUUGCACGACACAUCCAGCACGGCCCUUCCUCGGGCAGAACUCGAUGUGAUCCAGUCUGCGCUGACGAAGUGGAAAACCAUUUGCCAGCGAACACCAAACUCCAGCUUGGAUCCUCAGAACGCGGAGGGUCCCGUGCCUUUCACGUCCGCAGCAUUCCUAGCGAUGGCUUUUGCUCGUCUACACCUUGACCUAGGUCCCUGUCGAAAUCUCAGGACUCGUGAUCCGAAGCAAGUUGCCGCUGCCAUACUGGCUUCACCGGUGCCCGAAUGUGGUGGCCCAGUCAUUCCCGCGUUGCUUCACAGUGCGCAUUCACUCAGCGUACCAGUAAUGCUUGGCGUUGAUCAUGUCUUGGGAAGUCAGUCGCUGUUCUGGAACUGUGAGCACUCGCUGUGUGGGUUUGAAUCCGGCAUAUUCCUUUGGAGAUGGCUGCAGUCCGCUGGCGAGUCUGGUAGCUGGGACGACUUGGAUGCCGAUGAGAAAGGCAUUGUCUCUUGGGUGUUGUUCUCGAUCAAGGAGGCCUUGGAGUCUGUACCCGCCAGUGAUUUGGGUAUCCGUGAUGACACUGUCUUGUCUCAAUUGAGCUUUCCGAGACUAGGCAUACUGGUGUUGAAACUUUGGGCAAGAAUAUUUUCGAGUCGCAGAAGUUGGGCGAUAACGCAGGAGAUUGGAGAGAGCUUGAGGUUGCUGGCCGAGGCAGUCGAGGCGUCCUGA